GCUCCGCUUUGAAUGAGAGGGAGAAUUGCACUCGGGGGCUCGCCAGAUCUGAAGCGAAGUUUAAAGGCUGCUGGCUGAGGGGUUUUGUUUUACCGGGGCGGUAAAUUCGGCUGUUCUGAUAAUUACUGUGAGGUUUUGACAUUUUUAUCAGUUGGGAGGUGUCCCCCCCGUUCUGAGGGGUUUAACAUCUCAUCUCGCACUGUGAGAGGAGGCUGGGAAAGGACUCCCGGCACCUGAAAGAAAUGACGGGAAACCAUCCAUGGCAGUGCUUUCCCUUCCGAGCCCCACAUCCCACCCCGAGAGACGAGCGGGGUGUGGGGAAGGGGGGAGAGUGGCCGAGAGCUUCGGCUUAAACCCAUCCUCAGCCUGGGUUUAAUCGCUGGGCCCGCUGUCUGUGUGUCUGUGUGUCUGUGUGUCUGUCUGUCUGUCCUGCAUUAUUGCACUCACCGCUCGCUCCUGUCCCCUCGGCUCACGCUCCGUGCUGGGAGGCGUGAAGGAGGGGGACUCGAAACAUGUUUUAAAUACGUUUUAAUCGCCAGAUUUUUUUCUUUCCUCUCUCCGCCUGCCGUCCCUGAAUUGCAUUUACGGUUUUCUCCCCUUAAUUUUUCCCGUUGACUGGAAAACGCAUUAAUGAAAAAAUCUGUGGGAAGAGACGGAAAUUCAGUGAGUCAGGCUAAAGCUGCUCCAGCCAAAAGAAAAAAAAAAUGGCAAAACCCCACGUUAAACUAAACGUGGGAUGACACAGACUGCCUAACACGGGCUGGGGUGCGAGGCAAGGUCUGCGCUGGCCGGGCUGUCCCAGCGACAAACAAGAGCUGUGACAGAGGUGGCUAUUGUUCUGCCCCUUCUUAUCUAAAUGGAGCAAAUAUCCUGUAUGUAAAAUAUAUAUAUUUUCAUCAAGAAGGCAGGACCAGCGUAGAGACGAAGGUUUCCUCCUCGAGUGACUUCACUUCCCAAAAUUAGCAGAAAAAAACGUUUCAUCCGGUUAACUGUCUCUUUUUCGCUCUGCUGCAACAACCAAAGUUAAAAAAAGAGAGAGACCGAGAGAGAGGGAGGGAGGGAGAGAGAGAGGGGGAGAGAGGCUACGGAGAGAGCAACAAAACCGCUGGAAGGGCAGCGAGAAGAGCGAAAAGAGAGAGAAGGAUAAAAAACUUCAGGAGGCGUCAGUCGCAGGCUAAACCGGGUCAAUGUGUGGAAUAUUGCUGGUCCCGGCUGGAAGUUUUUCCCGAUGGACGGCACUAUUAAGGAGGCUCUGUCGGUGGUGAGCGACGACCAGUCCCUGUUUGACCCCACGUACGGCGCGGCCGCGCAGCUCCCCAAGGACAUGACGGCCUCCGGCAGCCCCGACUUCGGGCAGCCCCACAAGAUCAACCCCCUGCCCCCCCAGCAGGAGUGGAUCAACCAGCCCGUGAGGGUCAGUGUCAAACGGGAGUAUGACCACAUGAACGGAUCCAGGGAGUCCCCCGUGGACUGCAGUGUGAGCAAGUGUGGGAAGCUGGUGGGAGCAGGCACCGAGUCCACGCCCAUGAGCUACAGCACGUACAUGGAUGAGAAGAACGGGCCUCCCCCCAACAUGACCACCAACGAGAGGAGGGUCAUUGUCCCUGCAGGUACUGCCAAGCUCUGGGGCUGCUCUCCUUGCUCUGCCUGCAAGAGAGUUUUGUUUCUUUUGUUUAUCUGCUCCCAGAGGAAUUUUCUCUCUUACAAACCAUGUAAAAAAUAUCAAAAGAGUUUCUGGGUAGUGGGAAUCCCCAUAUCCCAGUGCAUGAUCUGAAUCAGGAUGGGCAGCAGAUAAUUAGUGCUUUUACUUUUUUUUUUCCUGGAAUGAAGUGUUGUUUUGGUGUGCUGAAUCAAAUCCAUCUUCUGCCAUGUGUUAGAGGAGAAUUUGCUUCCUGGGACACGCAGGGGAUGAUCAAAGAGGAAAGAAGUGGGCCCGAGUUAUAACUCCCCUGGUGCUCUCAGGAUCCAGCUGCACUUUCAAGUCACACUGAUUGAUUCAAAACGAGCUAUUUUGUUUCCAUUUUUUUUGUUAGAAGUAGAAAGCAAGAAAAAUUAUAUUUUGCAGGAACUGCAUUAUCCUUCCAAAAAUUGUCACACAGGAACAUUCCUGUCCAGCUUUGUUUGUGUUUGGUAUCCACAUCUGCUGCCUGGAGCUGGCAGGAUGCUCUGGAUGCAUUUGGACACUCAGGGGUGAGAGCUGCUGUGGGGGGAGCUCAAGGGUGAAGGCUGACCUGCAGUGAGGAGCUGUUUCCCUGUGAAGUUUAUAAACAAUAUCCACACAAACAGGGCCAGGAAGUUUCCAGCACAGGAGCCAAGGGCUGGCCCAGUGCUCAACCCAGAACUCGCCCUGGCUCUGAGGGUUUCACAGGGCAGGAGCUGGGGCCAGCCCAGGCAGACAGAGCUGGCAGAAGGAAAUGCACUCGUGGAAUUCAGCUCCUUUCUCUGAGCAGAUGACAAUUCCCAAGCAUUUGUUUGCCAUUUAGGAUGAAAAGGAAAAGCUCAAACUGAAUGUAGUGAGGAGAAGCCAAUAGAAGAUUGAUGGCAAAUCUCUAAGUCCCCUUGGAGCUGAUGUUUGGGAGACUGGCUGAGCUGCUUGGGGACAGCAGCACAAUCCAGUGUCACCCUGCCUGGAAAGGUGAAGCUGGCACCAGCCAGCCCCUGUGUCAUUAAAGAUGUUCCAGGGGGAGCAUUUAUCCUGCAUAUUAAAAAACCCAAGAGUGAGCUAAAGUUUAACAUUGUUGAAAUAGGGGAAAUUACUUCCAUUGCCCCCAGUGGAAGAGAAGUUUUGGAAUCUCCUCUUUGAAGGAAAAUGAAGAAAAGGACUUUUCCCUAUGAGCAUCCACAAAUCAAAGCCUUGAGAUACUUGUGAAAGAGCAGAGAUUUACCAGACUUUGGAAGACAAUAAUGAACAUCAUCCCAGAUCUCUGGCUGCACAGACGAGGCCCAAGUCAUCCAAGAAAGGCAUUUGGAUAUUUUAAUUUAAUCCAGAAUGGAGAUUUAUAGCGCAUUAGGGCAAAGAUAAGCAAGAAUAAUGUCACAUUAGGCUUACAAUAGUAGUAAUAAUGAGCUCUAAGCCCUGUUUCAAGUAGGCAGAUUUUCAGACACCAUUCAAUGUCUUUUACAGUGUUUAAAGGAAGGCCACAAAUUCACUCUGCCCUCUAGAUACUGGGUUGUUUUCAAAACUCAAGACAAACAAGUCUUUCAAUUAAAGAA